GGGAAUUUGAAUAGUCUGUAUAUAGAUAGAUAGAUAGAUAGAUAGAUAGAUGUAGAUAUGUCUGUUUGACUCUGCCCGGUAAACCGUAGGCAGAGAGGGAGAAGAGGACAACAAACGGGGGGCUGUAUAUAUAUAUAUGUAUAUAAUAUACACAUAUAUAUACAUAUCUAUGUGAACCGGAACAUUGAUUCGGGAGGGUCGGCUUCGAGGAUGAACAGGGGACCACUCAGAGUCAAGCGCGAAGGGAAGGAAGUGCCGACGGGUUGUCGGAGACGAUCCUCCGCCAUCGCCAUCGCCAUAACCAGCAAGGAGCACUGGAGCAGGUCCUACCCUUGCUGUCACGCCGUCAAAUCUCCAGCUACGGACAUCGACUUCGAUCGACUUGGGUCGACUUUAGAUUGGCUUGGAUUGGGUUGUUUGCAGUCGAUGCAGCAGACUUAAUUUAAUCCAUUGAUCUUUGUUCUCAGUCUCAAGGUAUUCAUAUCUGUGGGGUGGAGUUUAUGAGCUGCCACCCACUCCAGGCUGCAGCUUAUACAAGUGGGGAACCUCCUACUUCAGCUGCGGCCAUGUUUUGGUAAUCUGUAUGGUUUGGACUGAGAGCGGAGUACCCAGCACCUACCUUUGGAGAAUCAGUACAUGGUUUCACUUGAAUCGACUCGAUUCCAACUGACGUGGAAGAUCCAUCUGUGUCUCGACGAACUGACGUCUGUUGGGUUGAGUUGAGGCCACUCCACUCCAGCUGCCAUAUGUCAGGAACCUGCUGACAGGGUUAGUUUUUGCAUCAAGUGCAGAGUACCUACCACCACCUAUUUGUGGAGGAGAGAGAGUAAAGAUGGAUGCCGAACGUAACAGCAAUCUUGUAAAUGGACAAGUAACCUUUAUGCUUGAGCUGUACCGCGCUGCAUUGUCAUCGUCAGGUGUUAACGCUCAAAGCGAGAACCUACUGAAUGUCGCACUCUCGCCAGUAAGCAUCGCUCUUGCCUUGGCUGUCAUCUCGGGUGGUUCAGCGGGAAACACAUUGAAUGAAAUACUUGAUGUUCUGCGGGUCCCAAGAGAUCUGACGUCCGCUCACUCGUCCCUAGCACUUCUGCGCAGGAAUCUUCUAGGAAAGACCAGCGCUGACUCCUGCCCAGAGUCAGCUGCAGCGACAAUACAGAUUGCAACCGGAGUUUGGGUGACUGAUCGGUUCCCGUUGAAGGAGGAGUAUGAGGAUCAUGUUGGGAUGUACGAGGGUCGUGUGGUCCCUGCAGAUUUUGCGGGGGCAGCAUCACAAGUGACCGGUGAAAUCAACCAGUGGGUGAGUAAGCAGACAUCAGGAAAGAUACCGAAGAUCGUCCCCGACGGCCUGCUUGACGCAGACUCCCUCAUUUUGCUUGUUAACGCUCUCUACUUCAAGGGGUUGUGGCAGAAAGUCUUCGAUGCAAGUUCUACUGCCCCUGGAGACUUUAUGAUACCGGCCAUCGAUGGCAGCGUUGACACAGUGUCGGUGCCAAUGAUGCGGAACAAAGGGAGUUAUAAAAUGGGAGAGCAGAACGGUUUCCUGAUCCUGAGGUUGCCUUAUCAGAUUGGGGGAGCAGAGGCAGAGGAGGAGAUCCGUGAGCUGGCAAUGUAUAUUUUCCUCCCGAAUGAGGUGGAUGGGCUUGCAAAGAUGGAGGAAUCGUUAAGUGCCGAAUUGCUUGAGGAGUCCUUCAGCAGUAUGUUCAAGGUCGAUCUUGUCCGACUAUUGGUCCCUAAAUUCAAAAUCUCCUCAAGUCUGAACCUCAACCGGGCACUCAUGGACAUUGGCAUGAAGAGCGCAUUCAGCCCAGCUUCAGAUUUCUCAAACUUAUUUAAUGCCGAGGUUCCCCCAGUUUGCAUCUCUGAUGUCCUGCACAACGCGUGUGUUGAGGUUGAUGAGGAGGGCACAAUUGCCGCGGCAGCAACCGUGGUUCACGCUGUAGCAAGGUGUAUGUUUGUGCCCCGCCGCUCUCAGUUCGUUGUCGAUCACCCUUUCCUUUUCAUGAUCCGAGAGGACACAUCGGGUAUGGUUCUGUUUGUUGGCCGUGUCGUCGAUCCUCGUCAAUCCGACGUGUUGUGAACGUUCUACUGUACUUUCAGUUCUUCAUCGGGUUUUCUAGUGGAUGGACGCGGGUUUUCUAGUGGAUGGAUGCCAGACCACCAUUAAGCAAGUGGAUCAGAUUCUGCCUGUGGUUGAAUUGUACACACAUGUACCUUUUGACUAACAGGUCAUGAGGUCGAAGUCCUUCGGGUAACUCGGGGUGUGGUUCUUUGUUUGUCCGUCAUGUUCCGUACGAUGAGCUGUGAAUGUUACAGUGAUUCUUGCAGUUCGUCGAUGGGUUGUCCAACUAGGCCCUGCCUUGUGGCUGACUGUUGACACGCAUGUAACUGCGCCUGAGCAGUACCCACAUCUAAGAUC